AUGCAGCAGGUCCCGAGCAGAUACUCCGUGCGUAAUUACGCACCGGCGCCGGCCAAAGCCGCCAGCGGGAAGUCCUUCACCAUCGACGCGCUGCUCGCCAAGCCGGACGAGUCCGCCUGGGUCAAGUACCAGCCGGGGCCGAAACACCACAUGACGUUGCCGCUGGCCCCGGCGCCUUCUUACGCGUACUCAACCAACCUAUUGGCCCCCGGAUACUCGCUCUACUGCUGCCCGCCGUUCGGCUACCAGACCUCAUGCCGCGGAGCCUUUUACGCGCAAGCUGCCGCGGCCAAAGUCGACGCCGGGGGCCUCCACCCUGCCUUCAAAGCCAAAGGGGGCAAGUCCAAACGCAUGCGCACCAGCUUCACCAGCGAGCAGCUGUCCCGCCUGGAGAAGGAGUUCGCCCGCCAGCAGUACAUGGUGGGCUCGGAGAGGUUCCUCCUGGCCUCCGCCCUGCAGCUGACGGAGGCCCAGGUCAAAGUCUGGUUCCAGAACCGGCGCAUCAAGUGGCGCAAGCAGAGUCUGGAGCAGCAGCAGGCCAAGCUGGCCAAACUGGGCUUGGCCGUGGCGCCCAAGAGUCCUGGUUCUCAAGGCCACGGCGAGGAGGAGGAGUUCUCAGACUCGGAUGUGGAUGUGGAUGUGGACGUGGACGACUGCUGA